AUGGUCUACAAGGGAAACCACAAGAAGCUAAAAAAUCCCACUGCCUUCCUGCUGGACUUCCCCAUGAGAACCAACUACAUGUAUGCCAGGAUGAAGCGAUCAGUGAUCAACGAGAUCUUUGCCCUGACCAUCUGCCUGUGGAUGAAGGCUGGAGCAGGACCCGGCCUUGGUACUCCCAUAUCAUACGCUGUACCUGGACAAGCCAAUGAGCUGGUGUUAAUCGAAUGGGGCAGCAACCCAAUGGAGCUGCUGAUCAACGACAAGGCGGUGACAUUGCCCAUAACCAUGACGGACGGAAAGUGGCAUCAUGUGUGCGUGACGUGGUCAACACGCGAUGGUGUCUGGGAGGCCUACCAGGACGGGGUAAAGAAAGGCUCAGGGCAAAACCUGUCAGCUUGGCACUCAAUCAAACCAGGAGGGAUCCUCAUCCUGGGCCAGGAACAGGACACAAUGGGAGGCCGUUUUGACGUCACCCAGUCCUUCAUGGGAGAAAUGUCGGAUUUCCAGUUCUGGUCCAGAGUCCUGACGGCCAGCGAGAUCUACGGCGAAGCAACCUGUGGGAACCACCUCACUGGCGACAUCAUGUCAUGGUCGGAGGAAUUAGUGGAGCUCCAUGGAGGACUCGCAGAGUUUGAUUUUGACCCCUGCCACUAA